AUGAUGCGACCAGCUAUUCGUGAAGUGAUCAAAGAAUCGAUGGCUGCUUUUAUGGAACUGAUUCGCUCCACUCCUGAGUUACAUCGUGAAUAUAUCAUGAAUGACAUUCUGAUCAAAGCAUUGGGUCAGCAAGAAAUUAGCGAUUUCGCUGCUUUGUUAUUGGACGCUCGUGUUAAUCAAAUCAGCGUAAGUGCGAGCAUCUGGUACAUGGUCAACAGUUUUGCUAUACCAACAAUUACUUGCGCGAAAAAUCUGGAAACUAAGACUGAAGAAAUCGUCGCAUCAUUAUUUGGUACGUCUGUAGAUGAAACAGUCGAGGGUAAGAAUUUUAGCAUUGCAAAAUUAACGGAGGUGGUGAAGCGUUGUAUAUCUAUGAUACGAGAGAAACUGAAGGAACAGAAAAAUGCGAUGCAACGAGCAGUUACAGUGGCAGGUGAACGUCAACGAAAAAUAUUGGAAUCGUUAGUGGAGCAAGUGUAUGCAGUAGCAUCACCUCAAUUAGUUCUUCAACAAGAAACACUAAAUCGAAUUGAGAUCCAUACUCCUCAAUUUAUCACUGUUGAAUGCGAACUUCGUGCUGCACAAGAUAUGGCUCGAUUUCCUGGUCAAACUCCUACACUCCUACCGACACAAAGUCAAUCGCAUGUCUUCAGUAUAUUUCCGGCUGAGUGGGGCGACGAGAAAAAUCUCGUUAUCAAAAAACUCACACGACUAAUUCCUGAUCAACCGUAUGCUGUCUAUUACGAAGCACAUCGUCAUGUUCAGGUGGCCAAAUUACAACAUCCUUUCAUUAUCAACUUACGAUAUCUCUAUAAUCAUCAACUUGAUGACGGAUCGUCUGAACUUUGGAUGCUUUUCCCCGCAAUGCCUCUUACUCUACAACAGUUCUUGAAUAACAACCAAACACUGAUCCCGUUCGAACAAGUUCUUGAAUGGAUGAUUCGUGUCGCUAGUGUAUUAGCUACUUUGCAUGAUAAUGAACGAGCUCACUGCAAUGUUACUUUGAACAAUAUUGUUCUUAAUGAUCAUGGCCAAGCAUACUUAAUGGACUUUGGCGAUUGGAAUGGUAAUAGGGAUUUUGGUUUAUAUCACCAUCCAUCAUUUGCUACGGACCGAUUCCACGAUGAUAUUAGAGAUCUGGGACAGGUGGGACAAAUUCUCACUGGUUUCAUUGAUGGCAAUGAACAGAAUUCAAUGAUUGUUUUUGAGUUUAAGGAAUUAAUGGAUGAAUGUCUUCUUUCUUGCGGUGAAAAACCUAUUGAAAUGAGUAUUUCAUAUAAUGAUGCCAUUCAAGCCUCACUUUUGCUUGGUCAGCGUAUCAAAACUAAUGUUGACCGCACUGUGAAAGAGUUUCAACGGCAACAUCGUGAGUUUUCUCAGACACUGCGUGACGGUUCUCCUGAGCUUCAAGAGAUUAUCUCGACAUUCUUGGCUCGUUUAGCACUAAGCGACGGUGAUGAUUUCGAAUCUAAUGCAGAAAACAUAUUAAAUAGUUACAAUGCCUCAGACCGACCGACUUUAGUUGUCUUCGGACCGAAUUGCAGUGGAAAAACAUCAUUUAUUCAACGUUUUCUUGGCAUUGGCAAAAUUCUCCCUGCAAGUAUUGGACCAGUCACAGCACGCAUCGUUCAUUUGUCUUAUGCUUCGCAAGAACAAGCCGCUUUCUAUGUGUACGAUGGUGUCACAAAGAACGCAGUCGUACAUCAAGAUAGUUUAGCAGCAUUUUUUGUCAAUCGAAGAGAACCUGAUUGGUCUGGCAUCAGCGAGCGCCUCUCACCAUAUGUCAAACGACCAUUAAACUAUAAUGCCAACUCAGUGGAAUUUAUCGAAUGGGCUAAAUGUCUUGUGGAAAUUCGUUUACCUUCACCCACUCUUCAAUUAGGUAUUGAUAUUUAUGACACUCCGGGUUUUCUUUCCGAACAGCGUGAAGAAAUGCUCAGUGGAAAUCUUCAUCAACUCGUAAAACAAGUUCGUCCAACACUGUUGUUUCUUUAUGAAAAUGCAACGAUAAACGAAACAGAACGAAGUUGUUUUCUGGCCAUGAAAAAUGCUGUCAAUGGCCUAGAACGAGUUCCGGUCUUCUUUCUGAACACAAAAGCGGAUUGCAUCUCGAUCGCCAAUGAUUUUAUGCUCGACGAUGAUCCCGACAAUGUUCCCAUUGAUAUAUUUGAACAGACUCUGUUAGAAAAACGGCAGCGUUGCUAUGACCUUCUUCGACAACGAGAAGAAAUGGCAAAUGAAGUAUUGGGCGAUUUACCAUCGUCAAUAGAACAAUGUAUAUGCUUUGAUGUUUGUACAAUCCCACCCGACUAUGAUCCCUGGGAAAACUACACUACAUUGAUCAAUGACACUAGUUUUCGACGCAUCGUCGAGUUUGCUGUGAAAACUUUCUCGAUGCCUAUAUUGGCAACUGCGAACGAUCUACUGGUUUCGGUUGAUAAUUAUUUUGAUUUACUUGCUACAACAACGCCUCGUCCUGCCGAACAGUGGAAAGUACUUCACGAUGAAGCUCUCAAAUGGGGAGAGGCUUUCUUUGAAAAAUUCACUACAGUGAUGCCCGAUCUCGUUUCAGGGUUGAUGAACAAUAUUCAGCAAUUAUUUGAACACUUGAAAGGCUCGAUCGCUCAGCGGGCUGCGGCAAUUGAACGUCACGAUGAUCCGAUAGAUCAACUUUUAGAAGAUAGUGCGAAGACUAUUCGUGAUUAUUUGCAAUUAGCUGUUCGUGAACAGAUUAUCAAGGUUGCAACGAACCAAACAAUCGUUCAACAACGAGACAUUAUCCGACAAAAAAUAGCUGUUCAUUUUCAAGGACAAAAGAGCAUUCGGAAGAACGAAUUGUUGACUCUCGCACAACGAAACGUUUUAGGUGAGUUUAGUGUCGAAUUGUUAGACAAUACGAAUUGGUUCAAUUCGAUUAUCGAUGGUAUCGUGAAAUUAAGAAUAGGCAUAAGACGAUAUUUUUGCAGUUUACCUAGUAAAUGGCAUACAUUGACUAGAGAGAAAUUGAGUCGAUUAAGUGAGUCCGAAACAACGAUGGUUGAAGACGAAGAUGUGUUCUCUUUAUUGGAUGCUAUGGAUACAUAUGCUACUCUUUCAAACGAAAACAACCGGCGAUUAUUUGCAGACACUUGUCUGACGAAGUUAGCCAAUGAAAUACAGAGCAAGAAACCACUUUUCAUUCGCAAUUUAACCGCAUGGACUCAUGAACAACAACAAAGAUUUAAAAUGUUUGUGCAUGAAAUUUACAAUUGCGUUAGCAAGCACUUUUCCAAAAUAUCAAGCUCGAAUAAUCUAUUACAGAAAUUUUCGGGUCCUUUAGCCCGGAUCGAAUGCCAGUUAUUAAGUGUGAUAGAGAUGAGCAAACAUAAUGGCGUCGCUCCAAUCAUUGACGGUCCAAUUGGACAAGGCGGCUUCUAUACUGUUCACGCUGCUCAUUGGAACAAUGAACAAAAUCUGGCUAUCAAAAGACUAACUCAUCGAUCACCAGAGCAUGAACAGAUGAUGGUUUUGGAAAUUCAUUACCACCGACUAGUGACACGUUUGUGUUCCGAAUAUGUCGCUCCACUUCUAUAUGUACAUGAAAAUUCUCUUCCUGACCAUCAAAAUGAAUUUUGGAUUCUUAUGCCACGCUACUGUCGAUCAUUACAAGAAUAUCUCAAAGCUUCUAUUAACCAUCUAUCAUUUGAGCAGUGUGUCCAUUUUGCAUUGGCAAUCGCCCGUGCCGCAGCAGAAUUACAUCGUUUCGAUUUAACUCAUCGUGAUUUAAAGAGCAGCAACGUGAUGAUCGAUGACAAUCAACGUUGUUAUCUAAUUGAUUUUGGUACAGCUAAAAUUGGAUUAUGCAAUCAGACAGUGCUUGGUACUUUGCCACUUCCACCAGAAAUGUUAACUGGUAAAUCCAUGCCGUAUGAUGGAACUGCAGUUGAUAUUUAUUGCUUCGGACUGCUUUUGUAUGAACUCUUACCGAAACCAACCUAUGAUCGACUCGAUAAAAGUAAACUUUCUCGUUUGAAAGAUCUAUUAAAAUCGAAUCCACAAUGCACUGAAAGUACAAAUGAUUAUGUGGAUGUUAUGAUGAAUUGUCUUAACGAAAACCCGAGCUUGCGACCAUGUGCACAAGUCGUGGUGUCUCAACUAGAAGAGAUUCAGAGGAGAGCAGAAGUAAAACUCUGUAUGGUCUGUGAAGAACACGAACGAGCACUACGCUUUGAUCCAUGUCAACAUAAGGUGAUGUGUGAAGAGUGUUGGCAAACAUGGUCUCAACGAGCAAGUAAUCAACCAAAAUGUAUCGUCUGUCAAAACGUCGUCAGAAACUACACACGAGACACCAGCAAUGCAACCUUCAUUGAUUGA